AAAUGUAUAUUCGAACGUCCGGUUACGGUGUGCAUGAAGAUAUACGAUUAUGUGAAGUGUAUAUGGAGAUUUCUCAAGAUUCUAUUAGAGGUGUGCAACAAAGUUCAACUUCAUUUUGGAAUCGAGUUGAGGAAGCGUAUAAUAAAGAUAAAAAUGAAAAUUGGGAGGAACGCAACGUUAGAUCGGUGGGUGCUCGUGUUCGUACUAUAGAAAAGGCAAUCCGAAAAUUAAAUGGGUGCAUGAGACAAAUCGAAGCAAUGAAUCCUAGUGGAGUAUCGAAUGAAGAUAUUUUAGCCCAAGCAAAAAUAUUACUUAUGCAAGAUCCAAGCUAUAGUAAGGGUUUCAAAUUCGACCAUGUUUGGAAUAUCAUGAAAGAUUUUGAAAAAUUUAAUAAUAUUAGUAAGAAAGGUAAUUCAUCGGCUGAAAGACCUAUGGGGGUUAAGAAAUCGAAAUUGAAAAGAAAAAAUGACGAAGAAGUUACGAAAAUCCUCAACUCCAUCAAAGAAGAUAAUAAACAACUAAGGGAGAUGCUGAAGAAAAGUCAGUCAGACAGAGGUAUAUACAUGGAAAGUAAUUCCAAAAAUAUGGCACUCAGAGAAUUUAGUGAAGAAAAUAAAAUUUUGAUGAUGGACUUGAAUUCAAUUGUUGAUCCAAAUAUGCGUGCAUAUUGGGAAGCCGAACACAGGCGAAUAUUUCAAAAAAGAGCUCAACAAUCAUCCUCUACUUCAAAUACUUUUGGUGACUAUUUUACUAAUAUUGGUGGAUCUGAUACCAAUCUACCAGAUUAUUGA